UGCAAGAUUGUGUUAGUGUCCAUCGUCGGAUAUCAUGUCAAUUUUGAGUUUCUAUCAAAAAAACAAAAAGUUUAUUUAAUAAAACUUAUAAAUCAUAACGUCUAAGGUUUAGAUUAAAGUGAAAAAAGAAAGAAUUGUAUAGGGAUUGUGAUUUACUUGUAGUCAAGUUCUGUAUUCGAAAAGUACACGGGGCAAAAUGAGUCGCCGAAAACGAGCAAAGGUUGAAUAUAGAGAAAUGGAAGAAAAAUAUAAUCAAUUGGAUGAUGAAAAUGCUUCCGAUACUUCUGAAAAAUCAAAAACUGGUUUGGGAACACCAGAAAAGAAAGGUUUAAUAGAAACUAAAAAGGAUCCUGAACCAGUAGCAACAGCUCCUCCACCAGCUCCUGCAAAAAUUGAAACAAAGGAGGAGGAAGAACAAGACAGUGAUCAUGAAGAUCCACAUGUAAAAGAAUUGCUCAAUGGUCUCGAAGGUGCUGCAUUUCAAAGUCGUCUUCCCUUCGAUAAAUUAACAUCAACUGAAGCAGCUUGCUUUCCUGAUGUUUCCAAUGGACCUCCACAAACUCAAAAAGUUUUCUUACACAUUAGAAAUAGAUUAUUACAAAUAUGGUUAGAAAAUGCAAAACAACAGCUCAUUUUUGAAAAUGCCUUGCCUCAAAUUGAGGCUCCUUAUAAUAGUGACACAAUUCUUGCACGUCGAGUUCAUGCUUUCUUAGAACGACAUGGAUUCAUUAAUUUUGGUGUAUUUAAAAGACUUAAGCCAAUACCAACAAAAAAAUUAGGCAAAGUAAUAGUAAUUGGUGCAGGAAUCGCAGGUUUAGCUGCUGCUCAACAAAUGCAACAAUUUGGUUUAGAAGUUAUUGUUCUAGAAGCUAGAGACAGAGUAGGUGGAAGAAUUGCAACAUUUAGAAAAUCUUCCUAUAUUGCUGAUUUAGGGGCAAUGGUUGUUACUGGCCUAGGUGGUAAUCCUGUAACAACUCUUAGUAAGCAAAUUAAUAUGGAAUUGCAUAAAAUAAGACAGAAAUGCCCUCUGUAUGAAAGUGACGGUCAAACUGUACCAAAAGAUAAAGACGAAAUGGUCGAAAGAGAAUUUAAUCGAUUACUAGAAGCGACUUCGUAUCUUUCACAUCAUUUAGAUUUUAAUUAUGUUAAUAAUACUGGAGGUGCGACACAAACAACUCCAACACGUCCAGUUUCUUUGGGACAAGCUCUCGAAUGGGUGAUACGAUUACAGGAGCAGGGCGUUAAACAAAGACAAGUUACUCAUCUUCGACAAUAUCUCGCCCUGCAAGGACGACUCAUAGCCAAUCAACACAGGAUGAUUGCUAUUAAGGAACGUUUAGUUGAAUUAGACAAACAAUAUAAAGAAAUGCUGGACAGUAAACAAGCAAGAGAUAUUACUCAGGAGUUCGUUCUAAGAUCAAAAUUACGUGACUUACACAAUGUUUGUAAAGAAUGGGAUCAGCUCGCAGAGCAACAAAAAGAAAUUGAGGCUAAAUUACAAGAAUUAGAAGCUUCGCCUCCAAGCGAUGUAUAUUUAUCCUCCAAGGACCGACAAAUAUUAGAUUGGCAUUUUGCAAACUUGGAAUUCGCCAACGCCACAUCACUGUCCAAUUUAAGUCUGAAACAUUGGGACCAGGAUGACGACUUCGAAUUCACUGGCAGUCAUCUAACGGUUCGAAAUGGAUAUUCGUGUGUACCGGUGGCACUUUCUGAGGGUUUGGAUAUUCGAUUAAAUACAGCAGCCAGAGCUGUAAGAUAUGGAGCAAAUGGAGUUGAAGUUUGGGCAGCACCAGCAAGAAGUCCACAAAAUAGUCACACUGUCUAUAAAGCUGACGCUGUUCUCGUUACUCUUCCUUUAGGUGUAUUAAAAGCUCAAGCUGCACCUUCAGCUGUAAGUUUCAAUCCUCCACUUCCCGAUUGGAAAACACAAGCCAUUCAAAGGCUGGGCUUUGGCAAUCUAAACAAGGUGGUAUUAUGUUUCGAACGUAUUUUUUGGGAUCCGACGGCAAACUUGUUCGGUCAUGUUGGAAGUACAACGGCGUCUCGUGGCGAACUUUUUUUAUUUUGGAAUUUGUAUAAAGCGCCGGUUCUUCUGGCGCUGGUCGCUGGUGAAGCUGCUUGUGUUAUGGAAAAUGUUAGUGACGACGUCAUCAUUGGCCGUUGUAUUGCUGUACUCAAGGGUAUUUUUGGAAACCAAGUUGUGCCUCAGCCCCGUGAGAGUGUUGUUACAAGGUGGCGUGCAGAUCCCUGGGCUCGUGGAUCUUAUAGUUUUGUAGCCGUUGGAAGUUCCGGAAGUGACUACGACCUUCUGGCUGCACCCGUGACUCCCUCACCACCGCCCAAUCAACCGCCAGGAGCACCUCCACCCCAGCCACGUUUGUUUUUCGCCGGCGAACACACGAUACGCAAUUAUCCAGCAACAGUGCACGGAGCAUUUUUAAGUGGUCUUCGAGAGGGUGGCCGUAUAGCAGACCAACUUUGUGGAAGUCCGUAUGCACCUCCUAACUUAACCACUUCCGUUGCCUCGUCAACCGCAAUCCCUACAGCUACUCCAAGCUCAGGCGUAACUCCAUAAAGACUUCCCUCAACUGGCCCCGCAGCAGAAACAGCAGUACCAACUAAUGCGUUCGUUCGCGCAAAAUCUUCACAGACUAGAGAGUGACACAAUCAACUCUCUCUCUCUCUCUCUUUCUUUUUCUCAUAAACAUUGAAAACUUUUCUAUGUGUAUAAUAGUUUCAUCUCUCUGAUAAGAAAAGUUUUCAAAAAAAAAAAAACACUCAUUUUAUCUUCUCAUAUAAAAAAAUCAUCUUCUAAUAAUUUUAAAACAUCAUUUUCUUCCAAAAAAAAAUUUUCCAUUUAUUAAUUAUUAUUUUUUCACUUUCAAAAAUACUAAUUUUGUAUUUUUUUGUCUACUUAAAUUAUCAAAUGCGAUUUUUUUUUAUCAUAACACUUUUAUGUGUUGUAAAAAAUAUUUGAUUUUUUUUUUAUUCAAUUAUAAUUGAAAAAUUAUUAUUUAUAAACGGCUGAUAAUUUUUAAUAUUUCGAUUAUUUUGAGUUAAAUAUUGAUUUUUUUUAGUACUAAUUUAAAAAAAAAUUUUUUUUCAAUUUCCUUUUGCAUGAGAAAAAUUUAAUAUUUUUGAAAAAGAAGGAAUAAUUUAUUAAAAUUAAUUUUUAAAGGAAAUUUUGAAAAAGACUUUUUAGAUUUAGGAGAUAUUUGAAAAUUCUUCAUUAGCCUCAGAUCUAAGUUUUUCGUUUAUAAUUUUUAAUAGACUGAAGCUUUUUUUUUUUUUAAUAAAUAUACUUUUACACAUCGUUACGUGAAAAGUAUACAAAAUAGUAUUACGCAAUUCCAAUCGUAACAAUUAUACUCGAAAUGUUUGAGUUGAAACGUGACAGCGCUUGAGUUUAAAGUGUAAAAAAAAAAAAUUCUGCCGUUUCACUCAAUCAAUUAUUACGAAUUUUAUACUCUUAAAUGCUAAUAGCAAAUACUGUUCGUUAAAUUAGAACGAAGUUAAAUUGUAUAUAAAAAAAUAUGUUUCUUUAACCGUAAUUCAUAAGAAUUUAAAAUUAAGCUCUUUAUUUUAUAAUCUAUAAUAAUGUUAAUCAUAAAUUUCAAGUCUUUCCCUUUAUAUGUUUGUUUCGUUUUCCAUAGUAUUAAAUAAGUUAUUGAUUAAUUAAUCUGAACAAAUUGAAAUUUAAACUUAUCUUUCAAUGAUAAAAUUAAAAAAAAAAUCAAUAUCAAUGAUUAAUAAUUUAUGUACAAAAUCAAUGUUGUCAUCAUUAAUGGAUGCUUCUUUGAAAGAUAAGCGAGAUUUUGCAAAACAGCUUCAGGAUAAUAAACCCACGAGAAGGGAAGUUCCAAUAAACACCAGAGGGGAAAUGCUUUUCGUCGAAAAGUUUUAGAGGCCACAAAGUUUGCUUCUCAAUAUAUAUAUGAACACUGUAACUUUUGCUGGGGAAACAUUUCCGAGUCCUUGUUUAUUGAAACUUUGCGAAUUAUUUCGAAGCUCCGUUAGCCAUUCACUAAAUGAAUGCAAAUUCUUCGGGGACUGCGGCAAACGUGAAAUAGAAAAAGUUAUUAAUGAAUUAGUAUUUUAAUGAAGUGUUCACAUGGGAAUUUUAUGUACAUGAUUGUGAAAGAAGAUAAUUAAAAAGAAAAAAUAA